AUGACUUUUGGACUAGCCAAUGCCCUUGCAGCAUUUAUGGACAUAAUGAACAGAGUGUUCCGACCCUAUAUGGAUUCUUUUGUGGUGGAUUUUAUCGAUGAAAUUUUAGUCAAUUCUCGAGAACUGGAGGAGCACUCAUGUCACCUUCGAUUAGUUCUGGGAAAGUUGAGAGAACAUCAACUUUAUGCGAAGCUAAGUAAGUGUGAGUUUUGGUUGGAGGAAAUUAGAUUUCUUGGACAUGUCAUUUCCCGAGAUGGUGUAGCAUUUGAUCCUAGUAAAGUUGAAGUUGUCUUAGCAUGGCCACAUCCUUCAUCGGUGCAUGAAAUUUGGAGUUUAUUGGGACUCACAGGAUAUUAUCAAAGGCACUUGGAAGGAUUUUCUCGAUUGUUUGGACCUCUCACUGCUCUUACUAGGAAGAAUAUUGAGUUUAUUUUGUCCGACAAGUGCAACAGAAGUUUUCAAGAGUUGAAAAAGAGAUUAACUACCGCACCCGUUCUGGCGCUUCCUGAACCACACAAGCCAUUUUUGGUCUUUAGUAAUGCUUCCAAGUUUGGUCUGGGAUGUUUUCUUAUGCAAGAGGGACGAGUUGUGGCUUAUGCAUCUCGCCAGUUAAAAGAUCAUGAAGGAACUAUCUCACCCAUGACUUAG